AUGUAAUUGCAUAAGAGAUUUAUAUUAGAUAUUUGGAAAUCAUCUGCUUAUUAUGAUUUUCAGCAGUCUUUUAAAGUGCCAGACACUUUCUAUCUUCAUGAAUAAAAGAUAGAUUGGAUAUUUACUGGAAAGAGCGGCAAGAUAUUGAAAAAAAAAUAAGAGAAUUCAUCUAUUAAUGUUGUUAAAGAUUAUUUUUGCAAAUUAGAUUAAAAUGAAUAAGAAAGCGAAAGUAAUAGCUAAAUGGUUGCAUUUUAACUAUUAGCAAGUUAUGAUUAAGGGAUAUGCUAUUUUCACUAUUUAGAUUUAUCAGGUGUAUGUGAGUUAAUCGUAGAUUCAUUUAAAAAGAGAGAUGAUAUAGAAUCUAGCAAUUAAAUUUGUACAGAUUUUAAUACAGGAGUCAAUUUACAAUAGAAAGUGGAGAGUAACUUAAAUUAAAAUGUAUUAUCUGAUAAAACAGCUGUGAUUUAAAGGUUUUAAAAAAGCUCUUGCAAUGAAAAAAAUAUGAUUCGCACAGAAUGGACAAUAAAUGGUAAAUUUACUGCUUAGAAGAGAAUUAGUAAUUAUGAAAGUUUUAGAAAAGAAGAUGAAUAUAAAAGUUAUUUAAUAUUUGAAGAUGAAAAUAUGUCUGUCAAUAGGGAAUUAAGCUAAAAAGAUAAAUAAGAGUUACUUUUUAUUUCUCAGCAUGUAGUUAAAGCCCUCGAGCUUAUUCAUAAUGAAAGAGGAAAAAUAAGCAAUAUUUAAUUAUUAUUGACUUAAAUUAAUGGAUCAUUUUACUUGUUAGCUUGUAGCUCUCUUUAAUUUUCAAAUGAUUCAACUCUCCCUUAGCCUUGGAGAAUUUCAUACGAGCUUAAAAUGAAAUAUCCUAACCAAGCAAUUCACAUGCAAGACACAUUGCAAGAAGCUCAAAAGUAUCUUAAAAAAAUUGAAAAUAAUAAAAAGGUCCAAUAGUGUGAGUGCUGCAAAAAUUUCUCAACAAAAUUAUAAGCAAUCUGUUCAAACAAAUUAAUUCAAAUUCGGAUGAGGAGAGGAGUUGGUAUAAGCUAAUUUGAAGCAAAACAGUUAAAGAAAAAAGAUUUUAGCGAUAUUUGUGAGGUCUGUUAUUAAAUAUUUUUAGAAAUGCAUAAGAUAAAUAGCUAUAACUAAAAUUAAUAAAAUUUGAUAACUGAAAAUUCUUUUAUCAGUAAACAUUCGAUAUCUAUACUAAAUUCAUAAAGAGGUAGUACAAAAAGAGAAAAAAGGAGCUAGUCUAACUAUGAAUCAGGCGAUAAAUCAUAAAAAUGUAAUUUAAAAAGUGAAAGAUCCUACGAUGUAAGAAGCUAUAAAAUUAACAAUUAUUAAAGUAGAAACAAUAUGCAGAGCUCUCGAGAUAACUCAGUAAAUACUGGCAGGGAAAACUCAGUAAAUUUAAUAAGAAAAAGUUCAACAAAUAAUUUAAAGGAGUAUUCUUCUAGCAACACUUAAGGUGAAUAGUCUACUGUUAAUACCAGAGACUAUUCAAGUUAUAACACUAGAAACUCCUCAAGCCAAAGAAAUUCUUAGCGAGUACCUCCUUUAUAUUUUAGAAUUACAGAAAAAGUAAAAAGUAAUAAUUAGUCUAACAAACCGAAUAUAUAAAGCAAAAGUUAAUCAACUGAUGCAAAUACUAGAUUAUCUCAACCAACUUUAAAUCAACUAAAUAGUGAUAUAUCUAAUUAGUAAUUGUUUUUUGAUUUUCCAGAUAGUAAAAAAUCAUAACAAAUAACCAAUGAUAUUAGUAAUCCCUAUGAUAUUUCUGAAAUAAGCAAGACUGUGAUUAAUUAAGAAGAUAACACAUCGUUCAAUUCAUAAUCUCCAUCAUAUUAACUUUAUAGUUUAAUUGAUAAAAAAGAUAACAAUUUCUAAAAUAGUACUAAUUUGCCAUAUUAAAUGCAUGAAAAUCUUAAUUAACAAAAAUAAAUAGUUUAAAAUAGUAAAUUGUAAAAUAUAAACUAACCCCAAGAUAUUUAAGCAGUUUAAGUUGAAAGCGAUUAAAAACCAAUAAAAAAUAAGUUUGGAAUCAAAAUAGCACUAAAAAAUUUAAAAAAAGAUGUAAAAAAAUAGUAAGAGGAUAUUAAAAGCGUAAUCUAAGAGGCAAUGAAAGACUGCUCUUAAAUUUAGCUCAAAUUAGAAACUCAACAAUCAGAAAACAGAAGAUAUUCAAGAACAAUCUUAAAAAGAGUUACUCCUAGAAGCUAAAAUUAACAAUUGGGGGUAGAAUAACUUCCAACAGAUUAAAAUUAGCAAUAAAAGGUUUAAUCAUAAUCAAUAGAAAUCAGAAAAAGUUAAGAUUUAUUACAAAAAUAAUUGCCACCAAGGUCUAAAAACUCUUCUCAUUCUAAUAGAACUGGUUUAUCAAACUAAUCAACAACUAAUUAAUCUUUCUCUUCAAAUCCUUAAGGUAAUAAUUCACUAGAGUGUCCUAGCUUAAAAGCAAUUUCUGCAAAUAUCAAAUAAAAUUAAUAAAGUUCUGAAAAUUACUUAAAAGAUCUUUUAAACUAGAACAUUAAUCCUUAACAAAAUGAUUUAGCUAGAAAUGAGUAAAGAUUGUACUCGUAAGAUACUAUUUUUUCUUAAAGAUUUAGAAAAAACUCUUUUGAUUAAGAAUAAAGAACUAUUGUUCACUAAAACUCUAACGAACUUAUUGCGUAUGGGGAACCACAAAAAACAAUACAUAAUGAUUCUCAAGAAAAACUAGACACAAAAGUUAUAAACGAUAAUACAAUUAGUCAAGAAUUCUUAUUAAAUAAAGACACAUUUUUAGAUAAUUUAUAAGACUAAAACGAGCAAAUAUAAAUGUUUAGAGUGAGAAAAUCUUAAUCAUUUAAUAAAAAAUGA